UCAUUAUCCUCUCGUCGUGUAGUGUCUAUCGAUUGAUCUUUAUUCUUCAGUGACUACUAGAGAUAUAGAGAUCAGACUUUGAUAUUGUAGGAGUCUUUUUCUUCUCUCUCCAUUCAUUUUCAUUCAACAAAAAAGACCCCUCCAUUCAUUUACUACAUUCCCUACUUUUUGUCAUGCCCCGACCUCACAGGCGAAUGAUUGCUCUGCCUAGCGCACAAGAGCUAAUUCAAGGCGAGAGCCCUAUCCGGCUGCGCAAGAAGAAGGAUCGCUUUCUCUUUAUGACCUAUAACCUGUUGGCACAGGCCUUGGUACGUAGAGACAUGUUUCCACAUGCGAGUCAGAAGGCUCUCCGUUGGAAAUUCCGUCGUCAGAACUUGUUACAAGAGUUCUUGGAAUUUGGACCUGAUCUCGCAUGUUUGCAAGAGGUUGAUUUCUGGGAUGAAUUCUAUCUCCCGGCCUUAACUAAAUCUGGCUAUGAAAGCGUGUUUUACAAGAAUCAGAACAAAAAACACGGCUGCGCCAUCGUUUGGCGCAAAUCAAGAUUCGAAAAAGUCGACCAGGCCACUAUUGAGUACGAUGAUGUCGGACAGCCUACUUUCUUGACUGGUAACAUUGGUCUGAUGGUGGGAUUACGACCUGUGCAACAUUCUGCCGAGAACCCAGAUCCCAACGCAGACAUGCUCCUUCCUGAUGAGGAUGAGGAAAAAGAAGGACAAAAGGAUGUUACCGCUAGUGUGAAUGCGUUUUGUCCGCAAAGAGAGGUGGCUGGGACCCCUGGAGGGAUACUUGUAGCCACAACUCAUCUGUUUUGGAGACCUGAUGGAUCCUAUGAGCGCCUUCGUCAGGCGUCUAUUUUCCUUAAAAAGAUCAAGGAAUGGAAUGAGGAUUUAAAGUACACUGUCUUACUUGGCGGAGAUUUCAACACAACACCACGCGAUGCAGCAUAUCGUGCUAUGACAAGGAAUGAGAUGCCUCCUCAACAGAUACCUGAUUUACAAACAUGGCUUACGAAUGAGGUCGCUCGUGAGGAGGAGGCGGCAGCAGCAAAAACAACAUCAAAAGGGACUGAUGGUGAAUUGAAAGUAAACAGUGAUGAGAUAGACCAACUGACGGCAAAAGCAGAAAACCUAGAUCUCGAAGGCUCAGGCAAUGAUCCUAGUAGUAAAAACGAUACAAAAAUUGAGAAAGAGACAUCCGAUCUGCCUUAUCGUGCCCCACAUAGGGGUAUUUUGCUGCCCAAACAAAAAGGUGCUACUGCGUCUGUAGUAACGGAUCAGUCUUCCUCAACUAUUGCUAACGCAGCUGAUUUUGCGUCGUCGCAGGACCCCAAGAUCAAGAAGCUUGCUGAGAAAGAUGCUACUUCUGCUGCCAACAAUGAGAGUGGGGAGGACGCAAGGGUCAUUGCACCCAUUGAGGCUUUUACGCCUCCACAAGAAUUAAAGGCCGCAAUAGAAGCCUCUCCACGUUGCAUCAGUAUUUACGGACAAUACGAAAUAUUGAUCAAAGACAAUCCUGCACAAGUGAGUGCUGGGGCGGCAGCAAAAACUGAUACAGGAAAUACAACAGCUACCAAAGCACACACUCACCAUACCCACGGGGAGCCCAUUUUCACCAAUUUUGCAACAUGGUUCAAGGAUACGCUUGACUACGUGUAUCUUUUAGACGAACCCCUUCCUGAGAAUGGUGCACGCCUGGUACCUCUCAAAUUCCUGGAAGUCCCGGAUCAGAGCUUUUUGGGCCAUGGGUUACCCGACGAAAACUUUUCUAGUGAUCACUUCUGCCUGAUGGUGGAGUUUGCACUCCUUUGUAAAUAG